GUGAAGGAAGAAAAGGAAAUCGCGUGUACGUGAGUUGCGGCCGUCCGGCGAAAUCGGUUGUUAGUUGAGCUUUCCCUGCGUAUAGUCGAUCUAGCAGCCAAGCUUUGAUCCAGCUUUGCGAGCGUACGUACCUCGCUGGAAGACGGGGCGGCAGGCUGUCUCGUCAACGUCGAGGCUGCACCAACACAUAGGCUCUCUCCGUCCAUUCUCCAGAGUAGACGAGAAAUCAGUAUGCUCGGCGUCGGCUCGACCGUCUUGGACGACCUGCCCGAGUGGCUCGUCGUCGAUGAGAUCCUUGUCCGCUUGCCUGUCAAAGAUGUACUCCGCUGCCGCGCCGUCCGCAAGUCAUGGCACAGCGGCACUUCCACCGACGCGUUCAUCCUUGGCCACCACCGCCGCCAGCACUCGCUCCCCAUCAUCAAACCCCUAAAGGACAUCUGCCGUGUCGUCGGAGCCUCCAAUGAUCUAAAGAUGCAACCCGUCCUCCAAUACGCAUCCGCUACCAUUGUACACCACGCCAUCUGUGAUGGCCUCCUUAUCUUAUCGCGGCAAUCCCAUUACUACAUCUGCAACCCGGCCACCCACAAGUGGGCGUCCAUGCCACAUCCUCCUCAACGACAACCAAACACCAUGGCCGUCAGCCUAGUCGGCUUCUAUCGGCACCACCCAUCUGGAGAACACCGAGUGCUAUGGGUGUCAUACCCAAUAAACGCCGCCGCCAAGGGCGAUGUAGCAGUUGAGUUGCUUGAGUACUUCGUCCUCACAGUGGGAUCGGACCAGCCAAGAUGCAUCCAAUGGCCAGCAGUUUCAGAACAAAGGUUUGUUCCUGCUAUCUGGUCCUACCAAUGCCCACCAAUCCUCCAUCGUGGUAACCUGCAUUGGCUAAUGGAUUUCAACAUAACGGUAUUUGACACCAUAGCUGAGACAUUCCGACAAAUGAGCCGCCCAGCACAACUGGGCGAUUAUGUGUCAUUGUUGGAUACGGGCAACACCCUUGCUUUGUGUCGCACUGAUCAUAACUGUGUCACUUUAGAUGUUUGGGUGUUGCGGGACUAUGAUGCCGAGAUGUGGAUCUUUCAAUACCAGAUUAACUUGUUAGUGAUGGAGGUAUCACCACCGCUUAAUUUGAAGGGGAUAGAGAUUCCUAAAAUGGCUAUGAUCAACGAGCGUGAGCUAUUGAUUGAGCAGUGUCCUUGCCGUCUUUUGCAUUGCGACAUUGAUGGUGUGCUUUUAGGCAAUGUAGAAAGCAAAGAGCACGGGAACUUCUUGACACUUACUAGGCAUUGCCUCCAAGAGAGCAUGAUUUCGCUCCCAUUGUUUGAGACACAAAAGGAAGCUAUGAACAAGGAGCCUCCAUUCGCCUUUGUGCUAUAAGAUGCCAUGCUCCAUCUUAAUGCUUUGGACUACUUGAUUGCUGUGCGCUUGAAGAGUAUCUUUUUUUUGUCCAGUCAUGUCAUGUCUACGUUUUGGUACUUCUAGAAGGACUGAACAGUUUGGAUGACGGAAUCAUUUGGUGCUUGUAAAUUUUCAUGCUACCUUAAGCAUCAUGUUGAUGGUGUAAACAAUGGAGUAUCUAUGCCAUAGAACUGUUUUCCCCAUGAUUACUUUCAGUUUGCAUGUUAAAAAAGCACAAAAGGCAUGGUGACAAUUUGUGCCCACAGGGAUAUUUUUUGGCAGGAGUAAGUCACAAGAUGUGCAAUCUUAAUCACCUUGUUGUAGUCUGCUGGAGGGCUGGUGAUAUUGUAGUUAGCUAGGCUGCUGUUAGCUAGUGUUAUUUUAGUGUAUGGUUGUGGUCUUUUGCUUUUAUUGUUAGUGACUUUUUUACCGAUAUAUCUGUUGGCGCCUGAGCAGGGCUCCGCUGUCAGGCUGUUACGGUCAUACUAGCCAUGCAUGUCCUGUGCCAUAUUAUCACAGGUAUUAUGUUGUUAAUUAUUGUUUCAUAUCAGGGGAUGUAGCUCAGA